AUGUACCGUCUCCUUGUCGCCUGCACCGCUGUUGUUGGCUUCGCCGCAUACGUUGCUCGUCGUCGUCUGGGCAGACGUCUAGUUGACACCAUUCCUGGACCAAAGCCAACUUCGUGGAUAUACGGCAGCUUGGUCGAUCUCUUCAUCACGGAUGAAUAUGGACAAAACGAGUUCAAAUGGCAGGACGAAUAUGGUCCCGUCUAUACACUCAGAGGCUGUUUCGGUGAAACACGCCUUAUGAUUUCCGAUCCUACGACAAUCAAAUAUGUCCUCAAUAGUCCGGCAUUCGUGAGCGGUGCGACUCAACAGAAGGCUGCGAAUGCUCUCUUCGGAUAUGGGAGCGUCUUCAUGGCUCAAGGCAACAUGCACAAGUAUCUUCGUGGACUGAUGAAUCCAUGGUUCUCGGCCAGAAAUGUGCGUUCUACCUUGCCAGUCAUGCGGGAGAUUGCGGCCAAACUGGUUGAACACUGGGAGCAUUCCGGUUUUCCUGGCAAAACUGUCGAUGUAACGCGGAGCAUGGGCGAUGCUGCCAUCGAUAUCGUCGGCGACGCAAUCUUUGAGCAUCCCUUCAACGGUCUGUCCGGCCAAGGGAACCUUUCGAAGAUUCAACGAGGCCUCGUUAACUCCAUGUCGAGCGCAUCGCGCUCUGCCCUAUUAAUGGAUUUUUGCCUGAAAUACAUUCCCGACUUCAUUUUCCGACUGGCCGUCAUUCUUCCAUUACCCGCGACCCAAAUGCUGCGCGAUUAUCACCGCACGACCAACGACCUCGGCCGCACUAUCGUGAGCCAGAAACGAGAGACGAUUGGCCACAAGAAAGACGAUGCUUUUGUCAGCGGCUUACUGCGGAUGGCAGACGAUCCGUCGAGCGGUGUCCCUGACGACGAGAUUGCAGUGCAUUUGCGGACAAUUCUAUUUGCUGGUGAAGACACCACUGGAAGCACCCUCGGCUGGUUGCUUUAUAAACUCGCAGAGAUGCCAGACUUCCAGAAAGCUCUGCGUGAAGAGAUAAGUCAAGCGGGUGGAGAUGUUGAUUAUGACAACAUGCCUCUGCUGAAUGCUAUCAUCAAUGAGGUGCUCCGUGUUUUUCCCGCUCUUCCUAUGGCGGAGCGCGUAGCUGCCGAAGACUGCGUGCUCCCGCUCAGCCAGCCAAUCAUUUCAACAACUGGUCAAGAGAUCACACAUAUUCCCAUUCAGAAAGGCCAGUAUGUCUACAUCGCAAUCGGGUCCUACCACAGACUAUCAUCUAUCUGGGGGGAGGAUGCAAACGAGUUCAAGCCCUCGCGAUGGCUUCAGCCAGAACAACCAUGCAAAGGGACUGCUUUGGGACCGUAUGCUUCGCUACUGACAUUUCUUGCUGGGCACGGGGUUUGCCUUGGAUGGCGGUUUGCUGUACAAGAAAUCCAGGUUCUCAUCGUCGAGAUCGUCCGCAACUUCGUUCUCAGCCUCCCGCCAGACGACACUGUUCGCGCUCAAUGCUUUGGGCUCACACUCGUCCCAAAAACCGCAGACGGAAUCCAACACAUCCCUCUACAUGUAACGCAUGCACACGACUGA